AUGGGAGCACGCAGCCUCAUCCCCGCCCCCUCGUUUCCCUCCACACCCUUUGACCAAAACUUCACCAACACCUUCACCACAUGGCUCGGCACGAUAGGUCGACAGAGACCGCCUGCGACCCCAGCCGGGCGCUUUGCAGCUGAAGGCGUCGACUCUGUGUGA